AGUCUUCUCAUGCUGCCUCUGCCACCUUUUUGGUCAGAAGAUAUCAUUUCAAUUUUAACCCAGCAUGAUCGAAACGUACAGCCAACCUACUCCCCGAUCUGUGGCCACUGGACUGCCUGUCAGCAUGAAAAUUUUUAUGUGUUUACUUACUGUUUUUCUUAUCACCCAGAUGAUUGGAUCGGCACUUUUUGCUGUGUAUCUUCAUAGAAGGUUGGACAAGAUAGAAGAUGAAAGGAAUCUUCAUGAGGAUUUUGUAUUCAUGAAAACGAUACAGAGAUGCAACAAAGGAGAUGGAUCUUUAUCCUUGCUGAACUGUGAGGAAAUCCGAAGUCAAUUUGAAGGCUUUGUCAAGGAUAUAAUGUUAAACAAAGAGGAAAAGAAGAAAGAAAGUGUUGAAAUGCAAAAAGGUGAUCAGAAUCCACAAAUUGCUGUACAUGUUGUAAGUGAGGCCAGUAAAACAGCAUCUGUGCUACAGUGGGCCAAAAAAGGAUAUUACACCAUGAGCAACAACUUGGUAACCCUUGAAAAUGGGAAACAGCUGACUGUUAAAAGAGAAGGACUCUAUUAUGUCUACACCCAAGUUACCUUCUGUUCCAACCGGGAAGCUUUGAGUCAAGCUCCAUUUAUAGUCAGCCUCUGUCUGAAGUCCUCAAGUGAAUCCGAGAGAAUCUUACUGAGGGCGGCAACCAGCCACAGUUCCUCCAAACCUUGCGGCCAACAGUCCACUCAUUUGGGAGGAGUAUUUGAAUUGCAAUCAGGUGCUUCACUGUUUGUCAACGUGACUGAUCCAAGCCAAGUGAGCCAUGGGACCGGCUUCACGUCUUUUGGCUUACUCAAACUCUGAACAGUGCAACCUCCUAGGCUGUGGUCAAGCUGACAGUGGCAGUCUUCAUAACACAGCAAAGCAGUUGAGACCACCCCCUGUUGAACUGCCUAUUUAUAACCCUAGGAUCCUCCUCAUGGAGAAAUAUUUAUUAUGCACCCCAAGGCAUAUAGGUCUGUAACAAGCGAAUUACAGGAUGGGCAACACCCUAACAGACCCUGCUCCAUAAGAGCUUAUAUUCUGAAGCAGCAACCCCACUGAUGCAGACACCCAGAGACUCCCAUGAAAAGACGAGGUCAUUAUGCACAGAUAGAAAUCUGAGUAAACAGCAGAUUAUUAGCCAAGUUCAGUUUUUUUUAUUUAUGUGCGUGUCUUUCAGUGGAUAAUGUAUUUGAUUUACUAGUGAAGAUGCGGAAGGGAAAUGAGGAGCCUCAGCUCACACUCAUGUGUGGUUGACUCUGGGUCCCUGAGGCUCUGAUGGAGGAGGCCAGGUUCUAGAAAGUCUACCAUUGUGGAGAACUGAGAAACCCUACCCCACUACUACCCUAACACUCAUUCAUUCUUUCUCAAUCUCCAUCCCUCCCUGUCUUUCUCACUUCACCACACACACACACACACACACACACACACACACACACACACACACACACAGAGUCAGGCUGUUAGUAAUCAGCUGCCUUAUUUCUACCCUGUCCCUAUCUGCAGCACUGAGAUGAGAGGCGGCAACAGAGAAAUCAGCUCCAAGCCUGCCCUCUUCUCAUCAUGAAAUGACUGUAUUUAAAGAAAAUCUAUUUUGUCUCCCUAUGGUAUCCUUUGUUUCCAGAGUGAAUUUGUCAUUAUCUUGUUAUUUAUUUUUUGAAUAAUAAAGAUCCCUUAACAUUA